UUCCUUUUUCGUGAUCACAAAACUUAAAUAGGACUACCUGAUCCUGUGUCAUUCUUCACGUUCAACGAUUCACUCGGGAGAUUAAGUAAUCUCCGAGUUACAGAAACUCUUCCCAUUUAUUUUCCAGGAAGGUGUCAGCAAUGGAAGAAGAUAACCACGAAAAACAACUUGACGAUGGAGGAUCUUCAUCUCUCUUUAAGACAUGUUUCAACGCACUAAAUGCUUUUUCAGGCAUUGGAAUAUUAUCGGUACCAUAUUCACUAGCUCGUGGAGGAUGGAUGAGUCUUUCACUUCUGUUACUCCUAGCCGCAGCCGCUUUCUACACAUCUUUACUCAUUACAAAAUGCAUGAACGCGGACCGCAGCGUCAAAACGUAUCCAGACAUUGGAGAACGCGCGUUUGGUAGACCAGGGAGAAUCAUUGUGUCAGUCUUCAUGCACCUAGAACUAUACCUAGUCACCACUGGUUUCUUGAUCCUAGAAGGAGACAAUCUUCACAAUCUUUUCCCGGGGUUUAACAUCAAAAUGAUCGGGUUGAGAUUGAACGGUAAACAAUCGUUCAUGGCCUCAGUGGCCCUUGUCAUCAUGCCAACUCUUUGGUGGGAUAAUCUAAGCGUCUUGUCUUAUGUUUCUAUGAGUGGUGUUUUAGCUACGGUCUUGACUCUUGGAUCAAUAUCUUGGGUUGGAGCUGUUGAUGGAAUCGGGUUUCGUCAAAGUGGAAAGCUGAUUAACUGGAGUGGCAUCCCUACAGCUUUGAGCUUGUAUGCUUUUUGCUAUGGCGCACAUCCCGUGUUGCCCACUUUGUAUAAUUCCAUGAAAAGUAAACAUCAGUUCAACAAUGUCCUACUUAUAAGUUUUAUAUUAUGCACCAUAGGCUACACAUCAAUGGCGGUAUUGGGCUAUUUAAUGUACGGAUCAAAUACUCUAUCGCAAAUAACACUGAAUCUUCCGACUCAUAAGACGAGCUCAAAGGUGGCAAUAUACACAACCCUCGUAAACCCCAUAGCCAAAUACGCAUUGAUGAUCACACCAACAGUGAACACCAUAAAAGAUUGGUUUCCUUCGCGUUACGCCAAGAAAACAUAUUUGCAUCUCUUAAUAAGUACAUUAUGUAUAGCAAGCAGUGUGGUCAUCGCUGAGACAUUUCCGUUCUUCGGUUAUAUGAUGUCUUUGGUUGGAGCGUUACUGAGUGUAACGGUCUCUAUUAUUCUCCCUUGCUUAUGUUACUUGAAGAUCUCAGGAAGUUUCAAGAAGUUUGGGUUUGAGACUAUCAUGUUGUUUGGUAUGGUGGCUAUGUGUGUUCCUAUUGGAGUCUUGGGUACUUACAUUGCAAUUCGAGAGUUAGUUAUUAGUGUUUGAAAGUUUGAUAUUAUGAGGCUAGUGUUUGUAGCAAAUAAAGAUGUUAAAUCAAUUCACAUGUUUGUAUUUCUA